CGUGAUUUCAUUCCCACCUGAUCUGACCUGUUCUGUUGUUAAAAGUUCCACAAGACUGUACAAUGGCAAAUGAACCGCAGGAAACGCAUUCAAAAACAGAAACCGCUCUCCAACAAAGUAAUGAUCUGUCUGAAAAUCAGAUGCAGCAGUUGAGGGAGGAUUUACAGUCAAUUACACCUUUGGCCGACGCAGUGUGCGCUAGAGUCUCAGUAACCGUGAAAAGUCUCCAUAAAGCUGCUGAUUUUAUGGACAAAGUGAGCACGACGCAUAACUUAGCUCAUGUAACUGGAAGCUCAUUAGCAUUGAUUGGAACACUUUUUGCGAUCAGUGGAGCAUUUGCAACAUUAGCCACGGCAGGCUUAGCCUCACCUUUUAUGUUUACAGGGAUGGCGUUCGGAGUCGUUGGGGCCGGAACCAACGUCGUGGCAAAAAUUAUCGAGUGGCUUAUAAACUCAGAAGAAAUCAAAAAAGCUCAGAAAGACUUUGAGGAACUCUGCGCUAAGCUACAGGAGGUGGCAAUUAAAAUUGAAAAAUCUACCGAUCGUGAAGAAUCAAAAUUUUGGUAUCUGUACUACAUCGCUAGAGACUUUGGAAACCCCGUUCGGAAGAUCCUCAAUGCGAUCCUGUACCACAAUGGGAUGAUAAACAUAUCGGUAGCCCCGUCCGUUAUGCAAGCAGUAGGUCAGGCUAGUGCACAAGCAACUACACAAGUCAUUGACGAGCUGGCCCAAGCAACAGUUAAUGCAGGGUCAUAAGGCAUUGACGACGUAGCAAACGCAUUCAUUGGGCAAACAGCACUGAAAAUAAGUGCACAAGGUGCCGACGACGUAGCACAAGCUGUUGGAGUCAACGGAAUCAAACAAGCAGGCCGAUUUGGAGCCAAAAUAGUCAUAGGCGUCAAUGUUGCAUUGUUGGCGUGGGAUAUCUUAGAUCUGUCAUAUACGAUCACUGAUCUCAUUACUAAUAAGGGCUGUGCUGCAUCCAAAGAUCUUAGAGAAAAAGCACAAAAACUUGAAAGAAUUUUACUUUAAGUGUAAAUUACAUUGGAAGUUCAGCAACCGUAAUAGCUUGAGGAAUUUAAUCUCUUUGAAACAUCGAAACUGAAACAUUGCCUUUCAUUCACGUAGAAUUGUAAUACAGGGCGUCAGGUUCCUUUGAAUGCAUGCUUUAUAGCCUCAUAUAGGACUUUUGUAGGGCUUUAAAGCCUCAAAGAGCACUCUUGAUAUACCCUGUAGCAGGUCACGUAGCACGAACCCUGUACCUCAGUAGUAAACAAUCUAGAUUUAUACAUUUUUGUGCUUAUUACUCACGGUCAGAGCCAAUACCUUUUUUUAUCAUUUUCCUUCAGAAAAAUUGAUAAUGAUAAAAAUGUAGCGGAACAUUUCAAAGAACAGUAAAUACAAUGAUUGGGAGACUUGAAAAUGCCGCUAUAGUUGAAGAUAUUGCACGAUUGCACUUUAACUAUAUUCCCUAGGUGUUUAGUACUAUAUUAUAAACAUAUCUACAUACCGCAUAUAUAUGUGUAUAAGUCGCUCAGAGGCUGACUUCUGCAAUGGCAAAUGAAAUGAUUAAUGCUGGUUAUAGCUUGGAAUAUGAUAGUUAUAGUGGUAGACAAUGUAACCGAGGUGUUUUCGCUAGAGAUUUUUCUAUUGUAUCUUUUUUUCACUUUGCAGAUUCCAGUUAUAUAACCGUAUCAUAGCCUUUUAUUUCCAAAGAGACUGCAAAUAACGUUAAUCAAUUAAAAGAGACAGUAUCUGAGCAUUAGAAUUUUUAAGUCUAGGUAGUCAUCGCUAAC